GGGUAUUUGCAUGGGUCGCCUAGGCAACACGCCUCCUGGAUUAUCAAGGUGGGCAGGUUCGUGCAGGUGAAUCCGCACAGGCCCGGAGAAGAAAAAAACUGGACAGAAAAGGAACCAAGAUUAUUCUGCCGAAUUUCGACAUAUUGUGGAACACCUGGAUUAUUAUAUCUAUGUAUUAAACAUGGCCCUUCCACAGUGAAAGGAGCGUGUCUGGAGACACCCUGGUCACGUUACGGAGCUGUGUCGGAUACAAUACAAGUGAUUCUCAUAUGGGCACCAUCUUGACGACAUGACACGGCACCAAGCGGAAAGAUGAGUGAUUUGCACUUCAUCCAGCUCCUGCCUUAGCCUAGUAGAACAAUUUAAUGACAAGGAUGACUGUUUUUCUCAACUUGCUGAAGACUUUCAGUCGGUGACAUCAGCGUGAUCAAUCAACGUUCAGGUAACAGGAGUUUGUGUGGAGAGUAGACAGCGAUGUAUUUCCACACGGUACACGGCACUGCCAUCACCCUGUCGGACGACAGGAGGACUGCCACGCGGGGAGACGGCUUCUGCAACGGCAUCACCUUCAGCGCCGCCCCAAUGGAGUUAGGCGAGGAAAUCUCCAUCGAGUUCGUCUCCACCACAUCGUCUUGGAGCGGCGCCAUGCGCUUCGGCGUCACCACGGUAGACCCGGGCACGCUGACCCAGGAGGACCUGCCGAGGUACGCCGUGCCGGACCUCACCAACAAGGAGGGCUACUGGGCCAAAUCCAUGAGCGACAACCUGGGCGAGCCCGGAAACCUCCUGACUUUUCACGUGGACGCCGAGGGGAACCUGAAGUACUCCGUGAACAAUGACGACAAGGGAGUGUUUCUCUCUGGGAUCCCGGUCAACCAAAGUGCUCCGAGCCCUGACCUCAGUAGCAUUUCGCUGAGGAAGAAGAAGAAGGGGCCUGAGAAGAAGAGACCGAUUCAGCUGUGGGCACUGCUGGAUGUAUACGGCGUGACGACAGCCAUCAAAUUUGUCAACACCGAUGACGUGCCCACGGAGAUCCUGGCGCGCGGUCCCCACGCCAUGAAGGCGUUCAAGCAGGCGGCCAGCUCGGGCACCAAGCCGGUGUUCCGCACCAGGCUCAUGCUGGUCGGACAGGACAGGGUCGGCAAAACUAGCCUCAAGAAGUCGCUCACAGGACAGACUUACGACUCGGGAGAGAUCAGCACGGACGGAAUCGACACCGCGGACGCCUGUGAGAUCAACGUGCAGGACGCGACCUCCUGGAAGGUCCACGGCAAGCAGGAGGGCAACACGGACACGGGCAAGAAAGGCGUGCUGGACGGAUCGUUUGGAGUGGAGGAGGAGUACGCGCAGGCGGUGGCACAGAACAUCGUGAAGGCCCUGGUGGCGGAGAGGAGGAAGAACAGAGAGGCGGUGGAGCCCACCAAGCAAGCGGAGACGCCGAAGAGCCUCGCCAAAAACGCUCAUGGGGCGCCCAGCACUGAUCAUGACGAGCAACCGACGGAAGCAGACCAAGUCAUUGAGGUGUACAGUAAGGCCCCGGAGCCCGUGGAGAACUCCCUGAAGGAUAACGACCUGCUGAAGGACAUGCCUCCGCGCGUGGUGGAGCUGGUGACGGGCCUGCUGAAGGAGGCGGAGGAACACGGGCUGGAGCACAGCCCUGCCCAGGAGGCCACCAGGCCAAACAUCAUCAUGAAAAUCUGGGACUUCGCCGGGCAGUCGGUGUACUACACCACACACCAGGUGUUCCUGACGCCUCGUGCUGUCUACACCGUGGCCUUCAACCUGUGCCAUGACCUGGACGCCAAGGCGCUGACCCAGGUGCGCCGGUCGGAGGGCAGCGACGACAAAGCCAAGAUUGAGUGGGAGGAGAGUGAAAUGACGAACAUGGACUUCCUGGAGUUUUGGGUGAGCUCGAUCCAUGCGCACACGGCAGACAACAAACCCAGACAGCGUCAAAACGGCCACAAGUCGCCUCCGGUCUUCAUCGUGGGAACGCACAGGAAUUCCCUGGACCCCGACCCUGACGUCUGCGAGAAAAAGACUCGUGAGAUUUUCGCGAAAAUCCAAAAGAACAUGAAGGGCAGACCGAUGGAGGGUCACGUGGUGACGCCGUACUACGCGGUAGAAAAUGGUCUGGAGGACGACAGUGAGAUCGCGAAGCUGCGGCAGCACAUCGAGGAGGUGGCGUACGGCGAGCCGUACAUGGGGGAACACAUGCCCAUCAGGUGGCUCAAGUUUGAGCAGUUCGUGGCGCAGGAGGUCGAGAACGGGGUGGACUCUCUCAGUCUGGAGCAGGUCCAAGAAUCCGUUAAGAAGUUCGGGAUCGACAGUCGAGAUGAGCUGAUCGCCAUGUUGGGGUUCUACCACGAUCUGGGCACUAUCGUGUACUUCGGCAGCCAGGGCGCCGUGGACGACACCCUGCAGAAAACCGUCAUCUUCAGACCACAGUGGCUAGUGGACAUCUUCAAGAGGGUCAUCACCGUCAAGGACAUCGACGAUCAGUGGGACCGGUUCAGCGAGGCGUGGGCCCGGCUGGACGCGGAAGGCGUGCUGGAGGACGCGCUGAUAGACUACAUGUGGCGGGACGUGCUGGAACAGAAGCCGCUUCUCCUCAACCUCAUGGACAAGUUCGACCUGCUCUGCGAGAGGCUGCCGCCUAAAAAGAUUACCGCUGACGAGAGGGCGGACUGGGUGAAGAGCUAUUACGUCCCGUCCAGGCUGCGCCAGAAACCGCAUGACAUGGAGACAGUCACGGACCAGCCGCACUUCUCCUUCUUCAUGUGGUUCCACGGCUUCCUACCAGACGGGCUGUUCCACCGCGUGCUGACGCGUGCUGUCCGCUGGGCGCAGGAGUGCGGCGGCCGGGAGCCCCAGCUGUACCACCGGACAGCCCGCUUCUUCCUGGACGAGGAGCACGACUACCUGCUGGAGAUGGCUCCCAUCAGGCUCUCCAGGAUAAAGGUUUCCGUGGUGAGAGUGAUGGACCUGUCAGAUGACGCGGAGGACGACGACCUGGGAGAAGCCAAGCUCCCUCCCCCGGACCCACAGGCUUGUGCCAAGGUGCGGCACUUCGUGGACGCGACCCUGGCGGACCUGCAGGAGAUGUGGAUGAAGAGAGUGAAGUACAGCGUCACCGUCCUCUGUCCCUGCGGGGACCAACAGGAACACUUCCUCUCACUGGACCAGUGUCUCGGCGGAAAGGUCGUGCUCUGUGAGAAGAACAAACGAGUCAAGACGCUGCAGUUUAGGAAGAACUUUCCAUCGGAAACUGUGACAGCCCGUCCCGCGGCCCCGAUGACAACCGCGCCCCUGCAGCCCGGACAGCUGCCGCCGUGGGUACCGGAGGCCGCCAGGCUCCUCAACUCCGACAGAAACCCCGCCAACUGGGUGGAACUCGCCAACGGACUGGGCUACACCAGUCAGAAGACGGAGACGUUCAUGAAGUCUGCGGACCCGGCCUCAGCCCUGCUGCGGGACUGGCUGGACGGGAGCGGCGAGGCGGCGAUGGAUCACGUCAUCAGGACGCUGGAGAACAUGAACAGGGACGACGUGCUGCAGGUCAUCAGGGGCCGACGGGGAGCCGCUGACGCCCAGCCCGCGAUCUUCAUCAGUUACCAGUGGGACAUCCAGGACCGCGUGCGGGAUCUCCGGGACCGGCUGGAGACCGCCGGCUACCCCUGCUGGAUGGACAUCGGCCAGAUGGGCGGAGGGGACGCGCUGUACGAGAAGAUCGACCAGGGCAUGAGGGCGUCCAAGGUUGUGAUCGCCUGCCUGACCACCAAGUACUCGGUGUCGCAGAACUGCAGCAAGGAGAUCAACCUGGCCAACCUGCUGGGGAAGACCAUCAUUCCCAUCAUGUUCCAGAAGAUCGACUGGCCUCCUCCCGGCGGCAUGUCCCUCAUCUUCUCACCGCUGCUGUACAUCGACAUGACCAGCCCCGGUGGUGGUCACGGCGGAGCCGGCAUCCACUCCAAACUGGAGACCAAGUUCCAGGAGGUUGUGGAGCGGAUCCAGACGACCAUCAGGCCUGUCGGCACGGGGAAGGGAGGCAGCAUGGAACCGGAGUCACCUGGGAAGGAGUCCGACAAGCAAGCAAGCAGCACUAGCAGUCCUGCUAAGCGACCGAACAGUGCUGCUAGGCGGCCUAGCAGUGCUGUGUCCCAGGCACAGAUCACCAAGUGUGGAGCAUGUGUCAUACUGUAGGGAUCAAGUCUGUAACACAACCUCUCAGUGUCCUGGGCUCUAUGGAGCUCCUCCCUGCACAUGGCCUAAUCAGUGGCAGGGCUGCUAGAAGCAGGUAGUAUACUAGUAUUGACAGGGAAGGUGUAAAUAAUGUACAGCCUGUACCAGAAGACAAACUGAUGUACAGUAUCAGUAGGAUAAAGCCAUUUAGGCAUGUUCUUCAUGCUGUGUGUAUUGUUGCUUGUAUCUUCUGUUGUAAAUAAGAAUCAUUGUAAAUGUUUAUAA